AUGUUCCAAUUUUGUGAGUAUGGUCUGAGCAAUUCUAAAAUGGACUUGCCUAAUUGUGAUAACCAGCUGGAUGUUGCCGUAAGGAAGACAUCUCUGAGAGAUCUACAGAGUGAUGAUAAAAUGAAAAAGCUGACCUUUGUAAGCUGUUCAUUGUUGAAGGAUAAAGAUGUUGGUCCUGAUUCUAAUAAUGUUUUUGGCUCCAAGAGACUCUUGCCUCAUUUCUCAGUGAAUCACCUUAUUCAACAAUCUAUUGGAAAUAAUGCUGCAAAUGGACAUCUUUUGUAUGCUCGCAGAAAAUCAGAGGCAGAAUUGGGCAAGAGCAUUGCUUGCGAAAAUCCAAGUAUUAAUGCUUAUUGUCGGUAUUUGAGCCAGCUUUGUUGUGAACAGGAGACUGCUCAAAUAAAGCCUCUGAUAAAGGUGCCAAAGGUUUCAUGUUUUCCAACAUUUGCACCUUUUCCAAUGACUUCCUCAAUGAGCUCAUCCAGAAAGCCUUCUGUUCCUAUUUCUCUUGGGAAAUCUCCCCUGAGGCUAUCACCGGUUGAGUCGAAUUAUAUGAUAGCUUCUUCUGGCUCUGCCAGUGGUAAUCCAAAGGGAUUGAAAAGUGUGCAUUGGGAGGAGCAAUACCAACAAUUGCAGAUGUUUUUAAGGAAACUAGACCAUUCUGACCAAGAGGAAUAUAUCCUAAUUCUUCGAUCACUUUCCUCUGUGGAACUUAGUAGACAUGAGAUAGAGCUAGAGAAGAGAUCAAUUCAGCUAUCACUAGAGGAAGAGAAUCUGUGGCUAAGGUGGCUAAGGAGAAAGAGCCAAUCUUUGAACGACACCUGGUCUGAAAGAGGUAGAAGACCACAUCCGUUGACUGUGUUGACACACGGUGAAGUCGCUAAUGGAGUCACGGGUUCUAUCUUGAGUUGGGAGCUCAGUUACGGGAGGUGGGGUGAAGGCCAUAUUCGAUGCCCGCUUCUGGAAGUCGAUUCAUUGAGGGAGGCUUCAGAGAAGGUUAGCGUCUUUGGUGGUGGCAGCCUCACCCGGCAGCAAUAUCAGAAUCAGCAUAUUCGCUGGCGACUUGGAGAGAAGAGCAAAAAUCGUAGGCUUUGCUCCAUUAUCGCCUCUCCUCUGUCUCCUUCCCUUUCCCCGUGUCUAUCUCUUUCAAGGCUGGAAACCCUGAAUCCUGGCAUUCGGUGCUGGCUCCCUGCCUCCUCCAGUGGCCCUCGUCUCUCUUCCUAUUUGCUGCUAGUGUUCUGA